AUCAGAGUUGUGCAGAUGGAAACUUUUAUUGAAGUACGUACGCACAUUUACUUCGACUUUCCCACCAAUCCACCGACAGUUUACAUAAUUGGUCACGCACAUUGUUCGUUCGUUUAAUCUCCUCCUCUUACUCAUUUCUGAUCUCUCGUACUUAUGAUCUCUGCAACCCUGAUCUCUCUCCCUCUCUCUCUCUCUCUGACAUAAGAUGGUGCAUUCAAAGAAGUUUAGAGGAGUCAGGCAACGCCAGUGGGGCUCCUGGGUGUCAGAAAUUCGCCAUCCUUUACUGAAGAGAAGGGUAUGGCUGGGCACAUUUGAGACAGCUGAGGCUGCGGCAAGGGCAUACGACCAAGCAGCCAUAUUGAUGAGUGGCCAAAAUGCCAAGACCAACUUUCCUACGGCAAAUGGCCGCCAUGAAGACACAAAGGCUUGCGGUGACUCUCCCUUGUCUCCCAAAGCUCUUUCGGAGCUCCUUAGCACCAAGCUUCGCAAGUGUUGCAAAGACCAAUAUCCUUCCCUCACAUGCCUAAGGCUUGAUGCUGAUAACUCUCACAUUGGAGUGUGGCAAAAGCGCGCAGGGGCACGUUCAGCCUCAAAUUGGGUGAUGAGAAUUGAGCUCGGGAAGAAGCAGACACAAACUCUGGAGGAUAGCUUAUCAUCAGGAUCACCGAGGGUCGAAAUUCAUGAUGCUGGAAAUGGAAUGGAUGAAGAGGAUAGCAUUGCAAUGCAAAUGAUAGAAGAACUACUCAACUGGAAUUGUCCUGCUCCAAGUAAUUUCCAAGAAGAAAAAGGGAAUCUUCCUUGUCUCGGUACUUGGAAAUAGCCAUAUAUAUUUGUGUCCCCUGCAAUAUUUUCUUCAUUUACUGCAGUACUUUUAGUUUUCUUUUUCUUUUUUCUCAGUUUCCAAUCACAGACUGCCUCCUCAGUUUACUUUGGAGACACU